AUGGUCGCUCGAAUGGGUCUCGCGCUGACACCAGCGGAGGCGACGCAAGCUGAAGUGUUCUUCAGGUUUUAUUACUACUUUGAGAACUUUCUCUACUUCUCCGCGACGACCCUAUGCUGUUACGACUGGUGCCUGACACUAGGUCGUGAAAUCGACCUUAUAUGGAAGAGCGAGCAAUCGCUCGUUACGAUACUCUUCUACGGUUUACGCUACCCCGCGGUCCUGAACACCGUCAUAGAACUGCUCAGCCGCAUCACGUGGCGGAGUUGGCAGUCUAACGCGAGGUUCGCAGUCGCAUUGCUUGCUCCGUAUCGCAGUCAAUAUCAAUUAAAUGAAUCCUCUUACAGCUGCGCGAUCCUGCUGCGCACCCAAGUUGCCUUUGCGGCGAUUAUCCUGACCAGCGCUGCUGUCUUCGCGUCCUUACGUAUCUAUGCAGUUUUCGAUCGAAAUCGCUGGAUAGCCAUCGCCGUCCUUCUUCUCGGCUUGAUUUAUCCGUUCAUCGUCGUCUUUGUCUUCUCAUACUCCACCCCUGUCGUGAGUGGCUUCCUCGGAUACCAAGUCUGCACCAUAGGAACGGCGGGAGGUGAUGCCACCGAUGACGUUGAUUGGAGUACGUGGGCGCACUUCAUGAUGGGCGCACGGGCGGCAGCGCUGCUCUCCGACGGCUUGGUGAUGGUGCUCACAGCGUUCAAAACAUUUCGAAUCAAGACCCGCACGUCGGUCACUUCGAGGGGCAGGAUGGUUACGGAUAUCAUGCUCCGAGACACACUACUGUACUUUACUUUGCUCUGUAUCGUCAACAUCACCGGUAUAGCGACUGGGCACAUGAACAUCACGAUCGGUGGCUUAUAUUGCACAUGCGAGUUCAUCGAAGUCUGGCAGCUUUGGUCGACUAUUUUGACCUCCGUGCUGCUUACGCGCCUGACGCUUGACCUGAGAGACGCCGGUCCUUUAGGGUCGGACAGGUCAGGGACGACUAGUACCCAAGGUGGCUCCGAACCUGCCACGCUAGACGGGGAGAGCCACGAAACUAUCGAACUAGACACGGGAAUCUCGCCGAUUUGGAUGAGCACCCACACUGGCACGGAUGCCGCAGUCAUUGAUCAAGAAGUAGCGACCGUACCUCCGGAAUAA